AUGCGUCGGUUGAUGCGAGAGCUUACCGAACUGAAGAACGACCCACCUGAGGGCAUUCGUGUCGUGACUAACGAGGAAAACAUGCUAGAUGUUACUGGAAUCAUCGAAGGGCCAGAGGGUACACCUUAUGCGGGAGGGUACUUCAAAGUAAGAUUCGAGUUCACACCGGAGUUUCCGGCUGCCCCUCCGAAGUGUUGGUUUGCCACGAAAAUAUUCCAUCCGAACGUGUCGUCCCAAGGAGAGAUAUGCGUGAACACGCUGAAGAAGGAUUGGAAGUCGACCUAUGGCAUUGGUCAUAUCCUUGUGACUGUGAAAUGUCUUUUGAUUUUCCCCAAUCCUGAGUCGGCGCUUGACGAGGAGGCGGGUAGGCUGCUACUGGAAGAUUAUGAGAGCUAUUGUUCACGGGCGAAACUCAUUACAAGCGUGCAUGCCACACCGCGGACGAGGCCUCCGGAAUUCGAAACGCCAGCACCAGUAAACCCCAAGGAGGGCAAUUCGAUUCCCCCUUCAACAGCGGUGGCGCCUUUACCAGGCGAUCCGUUACCACUCCCUAUACCACCUUCCAUGUCGCCGCGUAAAUCGGUGUCUCCAACACCGAUUGCGCAUCCACUUCAACCAUCGUUAUCCAACACUAUCACCAAUUCUCUUGCAACGUCGACAUCUAACAAAGAACGCGUGACUCCAAUGCCACUGUCCACUGCUAACUCGAAUGUUUCUGGGACGUCAGAUAUGACGACUGCCAAAUCGGGGAAGAGAUCGGCGGCUACAGGACAUUCGGGAAUAGAGAAAAGGAAGAAGGCGCUGAAACGACUAUGA